UAUAUAACCAUUGUUGUGCAGGCUGAGAGCUACUGCAGAGCCCGACAGCUGUUGACUGAGAAGGAAGGUGGAGCGAACGGACGGUGGAAGUUUCCAGACAAUAAUUUCCCACUUUAAACAGCGAAUACGCACUUUAACAGCUUUAUUUCAAAUUACAGUUGAGAUCUGAGGACUGUCUGCUGAACACUGAAGAGAAGACAAACAUGCCUGAAGUCUUUGCACCCAUAGAGGCAGGCAGUAUACCUCCAUCCCCAGUGGACAGCAGUCCCAGAAGGCUGUCUUGGGGAAAACUGGUCCAAAGAAUGGCAGAUUUCAACUCAUGCGAUAGCAGCAUUGGAUCAAGGUCCGACAAUGGCAGCAGGAGUGAUCUUUCAGACUCAGAAUCUGAUGUCUCCAGUGAUCUGUGUCCAUCCAAGGAUGACCUUUUCUUUGACCCUAUGGAGGAAGCAAUCCUGAAGGAAGUAGUGGAGCUUAUUGCACGAAGCCUAAGAGAGGCCAAAGACUCAGAUUGCGCUUUGAGAUGUACCAAGCUACUCAUUCCAGAGAAACUUCUGGAACACAUCGGAGAGGAGCUCCUCCACCUGGCAGCUAGCGAGCCCUGUGGCUUAAGAGGGGCCCUCAUUGACCUCUGCGUGGAGCAAGGGUCCACCUGCGAGAGCAUAGGACAGUUAUCUGUGGAUCCCUACCUCGUCCCCACAUUUCAGUUGACUCUGGUGCUGAGGCUAGAGGCAGGUGGCCUGUGGCCUAAAAUCCAAGGACUGUUCAGCUCCAAGUCUCCUUCCACUCCAGCUAUAAGACAAGCUCUAAAACUAAGCACUGGGUUCCGUGUUAUUAAAAAGAAACUGUAUUCCUCUGAAGGCCUGCUUAUAGAGGAAUGUUGAAUGUCUUGAGUCGACAGUAAAAACUCACAGAAGGGCCUUUGAAUUUCAAAAUAUAUGCCAUUUGAACUUUAAGGAUGGACUUCGGUUUGAUGUAGCCUUUUGUUCUCACUGUACAGGACCUGAAGUUUAUGGUACUUGGAGUAUCUUUUAUUUUAAGCCUAACCAUCGUGCUUCAUUUUGGUAAAUGGGCAUUUUGCAAAAAUUAAAGUGUGAACCUUAGUUUCUAUGGAAGCUUUGUCACGGCAGCUAGCUGUAUUCCUUAAGUCCUUGCAGAUUUUUUUUUUUUUUUUUUU